CUGACAAGCUUAGCUUAAUGCCCGCAUAAGCAUAAUCAUGACUAUUGCUGGCUGUGUACAGUGCUGCCAAAUAUAACUGUUUCAUUCACCAACGCUCAUGACUGAAACGAACCUCAAAUCAGCUCACGUAUACAAGUGCGAUGAUCAGACGCAAGAUGAACAUAGUCGUUGUGACGUGUGACCAGAUUGGUGACAUUGCAGCAACCACCUCUUGGUCGGUCACUUUGACGUGACUUUGUUUGUCUGUGAUCAAUUUCGAAAUGUCACUGGUUCUAUCACCACCCAGGCUGCAAAUGACAGCCCGAAAGACCAAUACAUCUUAAUUAUAAUACAUGGUUGACGAGUUCACUUGCUUUUAAUGCAUAUUUGUUGACUAUUUGGAAUGAAAUAUUAAAGAAAAUAUUGAAAUUUUGAUUUGCUAUUAUUAAUAAACACGUUUCGUCUCAAUUCGGCUCGAAUUUCUUUAGAUUUGGCAAUCUAUACAAAACAACACGCUGUGGCAAACGUUGAUCGUGUUUCUUCUUCUGAAAGCUUCAUCUUCUUCAUGGUGGUAUUUUGACCGCAGCCGAUUGUUUACUUUCAGAUGUCAUAUCACACACAAAUUGAUAGCGAGCCAUUGUUGCAGCCAUAUCUUGUAAUUGAAGCGAUUUGUGAUUAAAAAUAGUUUUGUCGUCGUUGUUUUCUUGGAAAUCACUAUGAAUAAAAGUUUCUCGAAGCGUAUCAAAUAUAAUUCUUACUUGUAUCGCCACCGUGAUCGUUUGGAACAUGAAAACCAGAUAGAUGACGGUGCCGGCCCUAGUGGAACUUCGAAUGUAGCUGAACAAGGUAUGAAUUCUUCACAAGGCAGUGAUGCACUUGCACAGGAUAAUAUCGUCGGUGAAACUUUCUACGAAGGGGAAGCUGCUUAUCUAUCAGAAGCCGAUGAUGAUGUAAUCGACUAUUUAAUGGAAAGUUCGGAUGAUGAUAUAGAUCCAGCAGCAUCAGAUGACCCAUUCUCUGCUGAAGAUGCUUUGCGUCAAUGGGCAAUAUCAACAAACCAAACAUACGACUCGAUUGCCCAAGUGAUGGAUAUAGUUCGAAAAGUGAGUUCCUGUAACCUACCUAAAGACGCUAGAACCCUACUAAAAAUCAAUCGAAAAAUUUCGGCUGAUAUCCUGACGGUAGAAGGUGGUCAGUACUGGUAUUAUGGAGUGCAGAAAUGUCUCACGAACAAGCUAAGUAAUACAUCUCUGAAUUCGGACACCACACUCUUGCUUAAUGUAUCCAUCGAUGGUUUGCCGAUAUUUAAAAGCAAUAAUUUACAAUUCUGGCCGAUUUUAAUAAAUAUUCAUAACAUGCCAGAAAUUCCUGUUAUGAUUGUUUCAAUUUACAGCGGAACAAAGAAACCUAGCAUCGAAUAUUUUUUAAAGCAGUUCAUCGAAGAAAUAAACCUAUUAACUAGCAAUGGGGUACAAAUCAACGACGUGAGAGUUGAUGUAGUGGUACGCGCCAUAAUUGCCGAUUCACCAGCACGGGCGUUUAUAAAAGGUGUCGCCAACUUCAAUUCAUUUGAUGGUUGUUUGAAAUGCACUACCAAAGGUGUCAAAAUGCAAGGAAGAACAACUUUCCUUGAUUGUAGCGCACCAAAAGAACCGAUAGACAUUUUAGAAAGCGGAACGUCGAUGAUGAGAAGUUCUAACUAA